AUGGCACGUCACGAUGGCCGCUCGGCCUCUCAGCUUCGCCCAUUAAAGGUGAAACGGAAGUACACCAAGAACGCGCCAGGGAGCGUGUUGAUCCAAGCCGGCACGACCACGGUACUGUGCACCGCGAGCGUCGAGUCUUCGGUGCCGCCAUGGCUGAAAGGAAGCGAGAAAGGCUGGGUCACCGCCGAAUACAACAUGCUGCCUGGCAGUACGCCCACGCGUAAAUCGCGUAGAGUCGAUGGUCGUACAACCGAGAUUCAGCGGUUGAUCGGUCGUAGCUUGCGUGCGGUUGUCGAUCUGGAAGCGCUCGGCGAACAGAUGAUCACUGUGGACUGUGAUGUGCUGGAUGCGGAUGGCGGUACCCGAACCGCGAGUAUCACCGGGGCAUUUAUUGCCUUGGUGGAUGCGGUCAGCACGAUCGAACUUCCUGAUCCGAAGCGUCCUGUUUUUAAGGAUAGCCUGGCCGCGGUAAGCGUUGGCAUCGUCAAUGGUUCGCCGGUGUUGGACUUAGACUAUGUAGAAGACUUCGCAGCAACGGUCGACAUGAACGUGGUCAUGACCGGAAGUGGCAAGUUCAUCGAGAUCCAGGGAACCGGCGAAGAAGCAACAUUCAGCGAGGACGAGCUCGCGAAGCUGCUGAAGCAUGCGAAGAGCGGUAUCAAGGAAUUGACCGCAAUGCAGCAGAAAGCGCUUGGCCGCAAAUGGCCCAUUGCCGGCUAG